CUGGAAAUUACUCUUUUGUUACCCGGAUAUAAGGCACCGAGUACUAUCUGCCUUCACUCUUAUCGCCACCGGCCGUCCCUUCCUGGUAUAUAAACUUAUUAUACCUCUACUGGGCCCUUUGUCUUCGCGACUGUUGGCCUCACCUCGACUCACACUACACGCGUCCGGAGUCAACCUCAACCAUCUUCGCCAUCAAUCUCUCGACACUAUCUCAACCCGUCAAUUCGCACCAUCUAGAUACUGUCGACGGUCAAGAUGGUCAAGUUGGGUCUCAUUGCGACUGCACUCGGGUUCCUCGGUCUUGCCGCAAAUACUGCAGCUCUCCCUCACUUCCAGACUCGACAAGACCAGUACGCCGACGCGAGUGCUAUGACUGUGAAGAUUAUGCCGUUCGGUGCUUCCAUCGUCCAGACAACAUGCUGGCGCGCAAUGCUCUGGAAACAGCUGCAGGAUGGCGGAAUCACCAACUUCGAUUUCGUCGGCUCCCAGAAUGGUCCGACGACUUGCAACAUUCCCGGCGCAGACCUGGACAAUGAGGGCCACUCCGGAGCGAAGGCCACCGAGUACGCCAGCAAUGGCAAGCUCGUCGGCUGGUUGCAGAACACGAAGCCGGGCAUGAUUCUCGUUCAUGUCGGAACGAACGACGCGGUUGCGCGGACAAAUACGAGCGAGAUCAUCAAGGCCUACGACACGCUGCUCGGCCAGAUGCGCGCGUCAAAUCCAAAUAUGGUGAUUGUGAUGUCCAAACUCAUCCCCAUCGACCCGGCCCUCUUCGGUGCCGACGUGUCCCAAGGCAUCGUCAACCUCAACGCCGCCAUCGAUCCCUGGGUCAAGAAGAACCAGUCGCAGAAAUCGCCCAUCGUCGUCGUCGACAUGUACACGGGCUUCGACUACAAGACGAUGACGAAAGAGGGCGAGCACCCGAAUGCGAAGGGCGAUGCCUUCAUGGCGAAUCGCUUCUUCUCAGCCGUGAAGGACGCGCUUGUUGUAAGUACGGUUAGCAUGCUACUCGAGAAUGAGUAGGCUUGCAUGAAAUUUGCGCUGUGGAAUUUUUGGAUUAUGAGUUUUUGCAUUGCAUUGCAUUUUGUUUUGGCUAUGCUAUUGUAUAUUGAGGGUCCUGUAUUCACCACUAUGUUUUAGGAACGGUGCCGUGGGCAUUGCGGCCGUUGCCCCUGGUGGAUGAACUGCUCGCAGAAGAAGCCAGGAACUGGUGAGGUACUGGAGGAGAACUAAGGGAGGGUCAACUGGUAACAUGGGAAGAGUGGUGAGGGAUAGUGCUUACGCGGCGAAGGACAUGGCUCCGUCCUGGCCAGGAGGCCGGCGGCGAAGGCUCCGUCACUUGGACACUUCAAACUUCUCGUCCUUUUCGGGUUUCGGGGCGAGAGUCUUGAGCUCUCGCUCCGGGAACGCGCCGAACACACGACCCGGACGAUCCUUGGCGGA